GGCGCGGGACUGUCGGCCGCCUCUAUAAAAGCGGGCGCUGCGGGCUCCGUCUCUCUUCUCCUGCCUUCGCCACCACAAGCGACGGGGAAAACCCUGCCCUCCCCGGCCUUCGCCUCGCCCCACUUUCCGGUCCAAACUCCCCGCGGAGGGCAAUGAGAGCAGGGGCUGCGGGAAAGGGGACUCUGCCACGCCUUGCGGGACGUUGAAAACUCCCAGGCGAGAGAGAGGUCCCGCGUUGGAGCCGCGGAGGAUUGGAAAGGGGGACGUGGGCGCGCGCUCUCUCUCUCUCUCUGUGUCUCUCUCUCUGUCUCACUUGCCUGCGGUUCAAGAUGCUCCCUCCUCCGGCCAGAGACUCUCCGCCUCGGCCCCUUCUGCUGGGCGCCUGGCUGCUCUGGGCGCAGAGCUGCCUCUCCCAACAAGUCCUGAGUGGUCAAAAGAUAUGCUAUGGUGAUUCAACACAUCCGUGCUACAUGAUCGCCUAUUUUCAAGACUUGUCCAGACGUGUGGGCUUCCAGGAGGCUCGCCAAGGCUGUGAAAUGGAAGGUGGAGUGCUCCUAAGCCUUGAAAGCGAAGCAGAACAGAAGCUAAUAGAAAGUAUGUUGCAGAACCUCACAAAGUCAGGCCCCGGGAUAUCUGAUGGGGACUUCUGGAUUGGGCUGUGGAGAAGUGGUGAAGGUCAAACUACUUCAAGUGCCUGCCCUGACCUUUACAAAUGGACAGAUGGAAGCAGUUCUCUUUUCAGAAAUUGGUAUACAGAUGAGCCUUCCUGUGGAAGUGAAGCCUGUGUUGUGAUGUAUCAUCAACCAACUGCAAACCCAGGUUUGGGAGGACCUUAUCUUUACCAAUGGAAUGAUGACAGAUGCAACAUGAAGCACAAUUUUAUCUGCAAGUACAAGCCAGAUGAUGUCUCAGAAAAAGAAUUAGGAGACAGAGUGGAUUCACAUUAUGAAGUUCAAGCAACAGUGCCAACAGGGAAGCCUCAUGAUUCAAGCAAGACAGAAGACCAUUUUCCAGUGGUUGUUACCGAAACUGGUGGUUUAAUUCCCAAUCUAAUUUAUGUUGUUAUACCAACUAUACCACUGCUGUUGUUGAUACUGGUGGCUUUUGGGACUUGCUGUUUUCAGAUGCUAAACAGGAGUAAAGGAAGAACAAAAACCAGUCCGGACCAGUCUACACUAUGGAUUUCUAAGUAUCCAAGGAAAGAAAGUAGCAUGGAGGUAUAAAUGACUUUUAAAAAAGAAGGAAUGACUCUUUUCCAUUCAGGAUAUCUUAUAAUGUCAUGUCAGAUAUUAGCUUGGAAUGGCUUGAAAUUGCAAUGGAUCAGCAAGAUGAUCUGGAAGCUCCCCCUUGAGGCAAUUGCUCGGAUCGUUUUUAUAUGCAGUGUUUGUUUUCUAAUGCAGUAGUGACACAUGGCACUCUGAAAGAGGGAAAAUGCAUUUAUUUUGCUAAGGAAAAUGAUUCUGCUACAGGUAGUAAUGAGAUGGAGAGAGCAUUUGGAAUAUAUGUGGGAAUAUGUCUACUGUUAUGUGUCAGUUCUAGAACAAUUGUUUCUAGUUUACAUCUGAUUUUUUUCUUGUUUAUUUCCUCUUAUAUUGUACCAUUUCUCAUUAAUGUAUGUAAUGUAAAUUCAAUUAAUAUAAAUAUACAAUGUAACAAAAUAAUUUAUCUUUGCAUAAAAAAUGAUAAAAUAUUGA